CUGCGCUCCUUCGUCGGCUUCUAAUCCGGAUCUGUCUUUCAAGGCGGCCUAGUCGCGCAAUUCAAUCACUCUGGAUUUGGACUUGUCAUUUGGCUUAGACACGGCCCCGCGGUUUCAUGACCCAUCGACUCGGUUUACGAACUUUUCCUUUCACUGUACAUUUUUCCUAUUUUUGCGGCUGGCUGCUGCUUUUCCAGUUUCACGAAAAAGCAUCAUCACCCAGGCAUCAUCGACUAGGUUUCUUGACAGGCUGGCACCAUAUUCGUCAAGGGGAUCUCAACGGUUUACGAGCGAACAUCCUGAGAGGAACUAGGGAAAUCUUGCAUCAAAAAGGGAGAUUCACGUGGACGAUGGGGAGAGCGGUUUCUUGGAGACAGAGCAAGGAGGCGGAAUGUGCUUUUUCUUCUUUUACUUUGCGGCGAAUAACGAAGAACCCGCGCAAACAUGGAACUCGAACGAAGGAUCUCAGGAAAUGCGGAUGGAUUGAUAUUCAACGAAUGGCGGACGACUAGCUUUGUCUUCGAGCAUUUGCUAUCACUUGUUUUUUCGUCCGGGAACUGUGCUUCCCAAGGCAAGGAAUGGGCGAUGCAAUGGUGGGAUUCGAGGCCAGACGACUGGCGGACAUGGACAAUCAUCAGCUAUGGAAUGGAUAUCUCUAUCCGGUUUGGAUAGGGAGCUUCUUGACGGCGAACUCUUUUGAUGUUCUCGACUGUGA